AUGAAUUGUUUAUCCAUCAAUCUUAGAGGUGUUCGGAAUCAGCGGAAAUCGGAGUGGAUAAGGGGAUUGAGAACGAGUUACGGGUGCCAUUUUUUAGCUAUACAAGAGACUAAGUUACAAGACUCAGAAUCAUUUGUUUUUAAUCAGUUUUGGGCAAGAUCAGAAUUCAAGCUGGCCGUCGUUAAUUCUCAGGGCAGGUUUGGUGGUCUGGCUUGUCUGUGGAGUCCUACAGUAUUCAGGUGCGAUAAUCUCAUUAAGAAUAGAUAUUAUAUUGUUAUGUUCGGUUUCCUUGUCCAGACCGGGUGUAAUAUAAACAUAAUUAAUGUAUAUGCCCCGAAUGAUGCUGUAUGUCGUCGUGGGGUGUGGGCAGAAAUACUGGGUAUUCGGAAUUCCUUGCAAGGAAUUUGGUUAUUAAUGGGUGAUUUCAAUGAUGUACGGAAUAGUGAGGAACGUAUGAACUCCGAGUUUAUUGAAGCUAAUGCGGAGGCUUUUAACCAAUUUAUACUGUCAGCUGGGUUGAUAGAAUAUAAUAUGGGGGGAGGUAACUUCACGUACAUGUCGGAUAAUGGAAAAAAAUUAAGUAAGCUGGAUCGGUUCUUGGUUUGUUUGGGUUUCAUGGAAAGGUGGCCUAAUGCAAGUGUUCUGGCCUUGGACAGAGAUGUGUCUGAUCACAGGCCUAUUGUUCUCUCGACGAGUCAAUCGGAUUAUGGGCAUAUCCCAUUCAGAUUCUUCAAUUCUUGGUUUGAAUAUCCUGGUUUCCUGAGCUAUGUUUUACAGAAAUGCGGUUCGUUCCAAUUUGAUGGCCCAGCUGAUCUUGCUAUUGCCAUUAAACUUAGAUGGUUGAAGGACAACAUUAAGGCCUGGUUGAAAGCGGAGAAACAGAGGAAAGAAAGUGAGUACAACAUAAAAAAACGACGGAUGACUGAUAUUGAAAAAAUAGCAGAAGUGAGACAGUUAUCUGAUGAUGAGUUAUCGGAAAGAGCAGGGUGCAGGAAUUUUAUUGCAGAUUUUGACAGAUUAAAGCAUCUAGAUCUUCGUUAG